AUGGGUAGCAGCCAAGCAGCAAUGUCCUUCCUCGCCAACCUAGCCCGGGCGGCGUUCGGCCUCGGUCUCGGCGCUACCGUCCUCAACUCCUCCCUCUACACCGUCGACGGUGGCCAACGCGCCGUCCUCUUCGAUCGAUUUCGCGGCGUCAUCGAUGAGACCGUCAGCGAAGGAACCCAUUUCCUCGUCCCAUGGCUCCAGAGACCCUACAUUUUCGACAUCCGAACUCGUCCCCACACCUUCGCUUCCAUCUCCGGCACCAAAGAUCUCCAAAUGGUCAACCUCACUCUUCGUCUUCCUUACUCUGAAAACAUUGCUCUGUUGCUCCUCGGCAACACCCACUCUCGAGCUCCCUCUCGGAAAACACUGCUACUGUCCUCCGAACCACUGAUCUCCGAACCGUCUCCAAGAAGAACAACAUGA